UAUCCACAUUACUGGUGAUUAUUUAUGUGUUUGUUAAGUGUGUUACUAUUUCUGUUUUGUGAAAAUAGUGAAAAAUAUUGCGAUGCUUGAUCUUGUCACCUCAUCCUGGUGCUCCGAGGUGCUUUUGAGGAGAUUUGAUUAGUCGAUAAAGCUUAAAAAAUGUUGCUGUUCUACUUAAAAGCCAAAUGUUGCUCAGCUGUAAUAAAAAAACCAGUAUUUUUUCAAGCAGCAAUCUCAAAAAUGCACCGAUUCCAGCUUCUUAAAUGUAAAGAUGUGGCUGCUUUUCUUCAUCAUUGAUGACCGUUAAUGAUGAGACUUCAUUACUGGACAGAAGAAAGUGUGAUUUUUCCAGUUUUGUAAAUCUGUUUUUAGACUAAUCGAUCAGUCAGCUGCAGCCUCACUAAACAAAACACACUCCGACGUCGCACUGGUUCGUUCUGUUGAAGUUUUUAUUGAGAUCAGAUUAUCAGACACGACGCUGAGAUGUGCUCAGGUGUUUUCCAACAUUCACACACCAUCCCUGAGUGUGUGUGUGUUUGUGUUUCUUCUCGCCGUGUCCUCCUGAAAGAUUCAUGACAUUUAACCAGACAGUGAAAUCACUGUGGGUGUCGGCGGGGCCGUUACAGGUGAUGUAAUAAGAUCCACGUCGGUGAACCUGAUCGUGCUGGUGGAGCUCACCGGGGUCACCUGCAGGCCUCCUGCUGAGUCCAGGACGGAUUUGUCCUCGGCACCUUUUUCAGUAUGUUCAGAUAAUUAAAACGUGAUGCAGAUGUUCUGACCCUUCGCCCUCUAACUCCACCUGAAUGUUUUCGAAGAACCGCGUUGCGGCGGGCAGAUGAGGGUUGUGACGGCUCCCUUUGUUUACUAGAAGCGAAGGAAACCUGUUUUUCGAGUCCCUGCCGAUCUGUAACCCUGGCUGCUCAUAAACUGUGUCCAGAUCACUCAGGACUCCUGCAGCAUUCAGAGAGGAGCUCUCAGAGAAAACUUUCCACAGCUGUAACAGAAAGUUACCAAAGUGCCAACAGGAACCAUGGCGCUGCGCCCACGUGCUUCCUCUCAGCCUGGAAAACUUUCUUUCCUCCAGAGUCCCAAGGUGGCUUCGGCCCUUCGACCUCGGGCUGUUUCCUCGCGUUCGGGCUCCAUGCUGGAGGAGGAGCUGUCCUGUCCCGUCUGCUGCGAGAUCUUCAGGGACCCCGUGGUGCUCAAGUGCAGCCACAGCUUCUGCCGAGCCUGCCUGCAGCAGUUCUGGAACAAGAAGAAGGUGAGACGCGAAUGUCCCAUCUGCAGGAGGAAGUGCUCCCUGACGGAGCCCACCGUCAGCCUGGCGCUGAAGAACGUGGCCGACACCUUCCUGAGGGAGCAGGAGCGCACGGCAGGAGCUGGACCAGGACCAGGAGCCGGACCAGGGGCCGGGGGGCCGGGGGAGCAGGCGGUGAUAAUGGAGGAGAAGUGCAUCACACACGGGGAAGUCCUCAAACUCUUCUGUCUGGACGACUCUGAAGUCCUUUGCUGUGUGUGUCACACAUCCAAGAAGCACCAGGGACACCGAGUGUGCCCCCUGGAAGAGGCGGCUCAGGACCUGAAGGCGGAGAUGAAGAAAGAGCUCGUUCCUCUGAAGAAGAACCUGCGCUGCCUGUAUGAAGCCAAGCAGGAGUGUGAUGACACAACGGUGCACAUCCAGAACCAGACUCAGGCCACAGAGAAGCAGAUCCGAGAGGAGUUCCAGCAGCUGCGGGAGUUUCUGGAGAAGGAGGAGGCGGCUCGGCUGGCCGCCCUGCAGCAGGAGGACGAGGAGAAGAAGGAGCUGGUGAAGAGGAAGUCGGACAGCAUCACCAGCGCCAUCCUCACCUCCUCUCACGCUGUCAUCGCCAUCGAGAAUGAGAUCGCCUCCAGUGACGCUCUCUUCCUCAAGAGUUAUGCCAACAUAAAGAAAAGAGCGCAGAUCCCUCCGACGGAUCCAGGAAAAGUGUCCGGAGCUCUGAUCGAUGUGGCCAAACACGUCAGUUCCCUCAAGUUCCAUGUGUGGGAGAAGAUGGUGGAGCUGGUUCAGUACACUGCGAUCACUCUGGACCCAAACACCGCCUACUCCUGGCUGUCCCUCUCCACAGACCUGACCAGCGUCACCAACACCGGGUCCCUCAAGCAGCUCCCGGCCAAUCCUGAACGUUUUGGCCACUUUGUGUUCGUGCUGGGAUCAGAGGGCUUCACUUCCGGGCGCCAUGCCUGGGAAGUGGAUGUGAGCGACAAGCCGGACUGGAUGCUCGGGGUGGUCAAGGAGUCCAUCGACAGGAAGGGGCGCAUCUCCGGCUGCCCCGAGGGCGGCUUCUGGAUGAUCUCGCACUACGAGGGCGAGUACUCGGCCAUGACGAGGCCCAGCACCCCGCUGAAUCUGGUGGGAGAGCUCACCCGAGUCAGGGUGCAGCUGGACUACGACUCCGGAGAGGUGACCUUCUCCAACCCGCUCAGCAUGACGCCCAUCUACACCUUCACCGACUUCUUCACCGAGAAGAUGUUCCCCUUCUUCUGCCCUGGAGCCAACAUUAACGGCAACAACCCCAAACCACUGAAGAUCUGCCCCGCCAAGGUGGCUGUGUGGAACAGCGCCACAUGGUGACUUUAAAGACUUAAUCAAUAUGAUUUAAAGAUUAAAGCAGAUGACGUUGGUGUGUGUUUGUGUGUAAAAAGAGCACGAUGGAAGCAAAGUAGUUGAAACAGUAUUGGUUUAUUUCACUUGGGUUCAUUUAGUGAUUGACUGCAGUGACACACAAAGCGGUUGUUUGUUACCAGGGGACGGUUUCGCCUUUAUAAUCCAGGAAUGCUGCAUUUUGCUUCUCAGUCAGGGACUCUAUCACGCUAAGCAUCCCUGUCACGCUCUCCAGGGCGUCAAUCUCCCCCUGGUGGUCAGAAACACACACAGUUAACAAGAUGGUUCACACAGGAAGUCAAUCCUCGUCUCUGCUCACACAAAAAUACUGUCUAAUGUUUGUUCGUACAAACAGAUAGACGCUGCAGCAACACAAAUGCUUUAAGUAAUAUAACUGGUUUAUAUUUGCUUUUGUCUCCCCUCAUAUGAAGACAGUGUGAAAACAUUUUCAUGAACUGGUGAGUUAUAAAAUAAAAAAAAUAGGUUUUUAUUUUAGUUCAUAUCUUUGUUGUGGAGAUUUAUUCAAAUCUUAUCGAAGCUUAGCUGUGAUGUCUUUUUUUUUUUACUAUUCUUACAUUUUCUCCCCUAAAAUCGUAUGAAAAUUUAGAGUUUUUUCUCGUUCUCUGUUCCAGAAAUCUCCACUUUAUUAUCACCUACCCACACUAAACUUUUCCAGUUUUAUUCCCAUGGGUUUGUUCAUAUAUUGUUCAUUGUGCCUGAUUUCUGGAAAAUUGUAUUCCAAUAUAUUAUUAAAUCCAAAAUUCCCUCAGUAAAAAUCUUUGAGUGUAAUAUCUCAACAAAAUGAAAAAAGAAAUUUGAACCUGGUUUUAUUGAAUUGUUGCUCUGGAAAUAUGUGCAAAAUUUAUACCUUAUUUUAACAUAAAGCUUCAGAAAACCUGUAAUGACAAGAAUUCUGAUCCACUGUUUAGACAGUUUCUGAUAUGAUUAUAAUGUCAGGACAAUAUCUGACUUCUGCAACUCAAGACGUGUCGUCUAAUAUAUCAGUCCUGCAGCCAUCAGCCUUCGUCAGCAGGUGAAAAGCUGCACUAGAGUUUAUCUGCAGUCAGAUUUAACUGCAUGCUGCCGUGUUUUAGGUCGUAGUUCAGACUGAACUGAAUCAUUGCAGAGAAUUAUCAGUGAGGUUAGUGUUGUUUGUUUUGUGACUCAGACACAGAAAAACAAACUUGAUAGAUUCAGUUUUAUGAAUGUGAUUCUGAUGUGUAAUGAUGACUUGCAAAUGAUAAGCAGCAUGUCACAGUGUCGCUUGUAUCAGCGACCUGUUCAGCUUGAUGAUCCUGCUCUCUGUAAUGUCUUUACUGGGAUUUGCAUUAAUUCACAUCACUGAGCAAAGAUCUGUAGAAAUCACUGUGAGUGGUGGUGGAAUUAUUGCACCUCUUAAUUAAUAAAGCAAUCUUAUCAUUA